GCAGAAAGAGAAAGAGAGGGAAAAUUCAUGGCGAUCCUCUCUUUCUUGUGUUAUCUUCUCUCUUAAUUUUAUUUCUGGGAUUAUUAGUGCAAAGGAAGAAGAAGGUGGAUAUUAAUUAAUCUGUUUUUGGGAAUUCUGGUAAUGGAGUUUGAGGAUCAAGAGGAGCAAGAGGAGGAGAUGGGUCUGGCACCGAGUUUCGAUUCACUGGGAAACGCGAGUCGAGUGAAAAUGCUGAGUUCUGGUGUUGUAGAAGCGGGAGCGACUCCGGUGGGGGUAGUAUCGCAGCAGCCGAGGAAGCCGAAAUAUAAGGAGUGCUUGAAGAACCACGCGGUGGGGAUCGGAGGGCACGCAGUUGAUGGCUGCGGCGAGUUCAUGGCGGCCGGUCUGGAAGGCAGUCUGGACGCGCUGAAAUGCGCGGCGUGCAACUGCCAUCGUAACUUUCACCGGAAAGAAACCGAGUUUGGGCCCGGGCCGGGGGACUUGUUCUUCCACCACCAUCAGGCCCCACAAUUCCCCCCUUUCUUCCGUGCUCCGGCUGGUUACCUCCACGUGGCGGGUCAGCAGAGGCCACUGGCACUGCCGUCUCCUACGGGAGGUGGAGGCCACAGCAGGGAGGAUCAAGAAGACUUGUCUAAUCAGGGAAGCUCCAGGAAGAGGUUCCGGACCAAGUUUACCCAGGAGCAGAAGGAAAAAAUGCUGGGGUUAGCGGAGCAGCUGGGUUGGAGGAUUCAGAAACAAGACGAGGACAUGGUGCAGCAGUUCUGCAACGAGACAGGGGUGAAGAGGCAGGUCUUGAAGGUUUGGAUGCAUAACAACAAGCAUACCCUUGGUAAGAAACCCUAGAUAACAACUUCUCCAUCUUUGUAGGUACUGUACUAAAACACAGGUGGUGAUGAUCAUGACAUGAAGCAUUUUGAAGAGAGUGAGGAAGGCUGACUUGAUCUCAGGGAUUCCACUGAUAUGGGGAUUCCACUACCACAUUGUAGGGAUUUUAGUUAGUCAUUUUCAUUUUUUAUUCCUCUUCUUUCUAAUGGUUGGUGCUAGUAAUGGUGUUGGGAUGGUUAGUAUAUGAACUUGAUUUAUAUAUUAGAUUAAUGUUACUUAAUGAGUAUUUUUAGUCUUAAUUUUCAUCCCAUCUCUAAAACUUGGUUAAUUUUCUUGAGAAAGUGCAAAUGGGCAUAUAUUGAGUAAGUGUUUUGAGGUAGGAUUUUAUUCUCAUUGCAAGAAGGAGAUGGAAGAACCGAAGAAGAGUGAAAAUAAACAAGUUGAGGGUGUAAGGUUUGUAUCAUACGAGGCAAGACGGCAUAAAAACCUGCUGCAUUUACCCUUUAUGUUGUAGAUCAUGUGUUUUGUUCUUGCAAAGUGAAAAAGUUAAUGGUGGGUCCAUGAAUCUGUACUUCUGAAAACACAGUUCCCUCUGCUUGUGCCCUGCAAUCCAAAGGGGUAGUUAGCCUGGUACGAGCAGAGUUUGGUCUUGUAUGUCUUUGUGAGUACUUGGUCCGUAUGGUAUUUCGCUGGAAAUUCAAUUGAUUUGCUGUGAGUCAAUGCCUUUUGUGAAGUUUGAGUGUUGCAUUUUGAAAGUUUUUUGAUGUUUGUUCGGUUCCUACUUCAUUUUUGCGCCCUAGAGUUUAUUUGCU